AUGACUCUCGAAAGAAACAUCAAGUAUCUUGGGCGAUCAAAGGCGAUAUACUCUCUUUCCGAGCCUCUUUACCCUCGUUAUGCUUCGGGGAUCACACAACAUGUCUGGAAAUCUCACAGGCUGGGAAGCGAUCCCGUGGUUGUGAAGUUUCGCAGACUCGACACCCCGCAGUCUCGAUCGGACUUUCAGAACGAGAUAACACAAUUGCGAAAAUUGGAAGAUUGCCGAUAUAUUCGGGGAAUUCUAGAUGCCAUUGAGGACCCUGCCGAUAAGGCUAUUGAUCACGGUAUGAUCCUAGAGUGGUUUCCAGAAACUCUAUGGGAGGCCCGUGAAAAUGGACGAUUGUCAUCAUUUGGUCUUGUGGGAAUUCGGAAAAUCAUGAAAAACGUUCUUGAAGGCAUCCAGGAGCUUCAUUCAAGGGAAUUUAUUCAUCUAGAUAUCAAGGCUCAAAAUAUUUUGUCGAAUGGGCUAUCGGCUAAAUUAUCUGAUCUUGGAUCCAUAUGGCCUGCCUCACCGUCUUCAAGGGGGACCGCACAACCCAUGCCUUACCGAAGUCCUGGGAUUCUCUUCGGCCGCGAAUGGUCCAAGGAAGUUGACAUAUGGGGUUGGGGUAUGGUGUACGUCCAUAUGGUACAGGCUUGCAUUCGACCCGACAUUUGGGGUCUUUAUGAUCGACUACACGAGGAAUCUACUCUGGAAGCAACCACAGCAUACGAGGAAAGGGUCAGGCAAGAUAUAUUUCACGACUUUCGAUUGUAUUCGAUACGUCUCUACGAAGAAUGCGAAGACCGAUGGCCCGGAUUAGAUCCUGACCGGAAGGAUGUGACAAUCCGGUCAAUACUGGAGUACUUGCAGUUUCCAGAGAACGAAAUUUGUUUUCUACAAGAGGUGUUAAAUCCGGAUCCUACUGCGCGCCCUACGGCGAAGGCAAUACUAGAUAGUGGAUGGUUGGAUAACCUGUCGGAAGAUCACUAG